AUGGCGUAUCCGUUGAUGCCGGAGGGCGCGACGCCGCUGGAGAUCCCCACCGACCGGCCGGCCUUCUACGAGUGUUUCAAGUCCUUUGGCGUCCCCGCGGCCGCGACCGCGUUCCGCCUGGUCGCUCCGCCGACGGAGACAAGCGCGUCCCGCCCAGAACGCAUCACCAUCUACAUGCCUCCUCCCCCUCCCGAGAUGGUCUACUUCGCCAAGCGCUUCGCGUACGCCUACAUCACCCCGGCGACGGCCCCGUGCCGCGCCGACCCGGGCGCCUUCAUCCGCCGGGUCUUCCGCACCCUGGCGCUCGACCUGCCGCAGAGCUUCGAGCUCCUGCCCCCCGGCCACGGCGCGGACGCGACGGUACGCUUCCGCACGCCCGACGACCAGGAGGCGGCCAUGCGCCGACAGCCGUUCGAGCUCGACGGCGCCACCGUGAAGCUGGUGCGCGAGGGGGAGACCAGCAACUGCUCCCGCGCCAGGAACGACUACAUCGCCCACGUCGCGCUGCACGACUACCCCGUCGAGCAGCGCACCCAGGAGGAGAUCGGCGCCAACUGCGGCAGGUUCGGGUUCGUCCACGAGAUCGACCCGGCCUGCUUCGCGGCGCCACAUCUCGCCACCGUCCCCGUCGUCCUCCAGCUCGAGGACCCUCGAGAAAUCCCCCGCGAAGUCCGGAUCAGGUACCAUGGUGGCUCCACCAGCGUCGUCCCCGUCGAGAUCGUCAGGCUUUGGGACCACGCGCACUCCUCCGACGCCCAUGGACAGUAUGUUCCUCUCUUCCAGGCCCCGACUGCGGCGGCUUGA